AUGGGGCUCAAAAACAGCAUGUUUCGCUAUGCAGACGUCACAGACAAGUUGCUGAUGUUCUUUGGGACUCUAGGAAGCAUUGGUGAUGGAUUGCAGAACCCUCUCAUGAUGUUCAUUCUUAGUGAGGUGAUCAACUCCUAUGGAAGUUCCAGUGGUGCUUUGACUAAUGCUGAUGUAGACAAGUUUGCACUCAGGCUAUUUUAUGUUGCUAUUGGAGUUGGACUCGCUGCAUUUGUUGAAGGGUUAUGUUGGGCAAGGACUGCGGAGAGGCAGACUUCGAGAAUGAGGAUGAAGUAUCUCAAUUCUGUUCUCAAACAAGAAGUUUCGUUCUUUGACACCCAGACUGCUGGUUCUUCGACAACAUUCCAAGUUAUUUCAAUCAUCUCCUCCGAUGCCAAUGCAGUCCAAGUUGCUUUAUGCGAGAAGAUACCGGACUGCCUAGCGUACAUGUCAACUUUCUUCUUCUGCCAUAUAUUUGCCUUCACACUUUCCUGGCGGCUGACAUUGGCGGCGAUGCCACUUUCAAUCAUGUUCAUAGCUCCAGGGCUUUUCUUUGGAAGUAUAUUGAUGGGCCUUGUAAUGAAGGGGAUUGGGGCUUAUGGAGUUGCAGGAGGGAUUGCUGAACAAGCAAUUUCUUCAGUAAGAACUGUAUAUUCAUAUGUUGGAGAGAACCAAACACUAAAGAGGUUUAGCACUGCACUUCAGGCUGUCACAAAAAUUGGAAUCAAGGUGGGUUUAGUGAAAGGAGUCCUGAUGGGAAGCAUGGGAAUGAUUUAUGUUGGUUGGGGUUUUCAGGCAUGGGUUGGGAUUUAUUUGGUUACUCAAAAAGGAGAAGAUGGAGGACAUGUCUUUGUCGCCGGUUUCAAUGUCCUCAUGGGAGGCCUGAGUAUUUUAAGUGCACUUCCUAAUUUAACUGCCAUCACAGAGGCAUUAGCAGCUACAACACGAAUCCUUGAAAUGAUUGACCGUGUUCCUAGUAUUGAAACUGAAGACAGGAAAGGGAAGGCUUUGUCACAUGUGAGAGGAGAAAUUGAAUUCCAAGACAUUUACUUCAGUUACCCAUCAAGACCUGAUAGCCAAAUCUUACAAGGCUUGAAUCUUAAGAUUCCGGCUGGUAAGAGUGUAGGUCUAGUUGGGGGAAGUGGCUCUGGCAAGUCGACAAUCAUUUCAUUGAUCGAAAGAUUUUAUGACCCGGUUGAAGGAGAAAUACUCUUGGAUGGACAUGCAAUCAGAAGACUUCAGCCGAAAUGGUUGAGAUCCCAAAUGGGUUUAGUUAAUCAGGAACCUGUUCUGUUUGCAACUUCCAUAAGGGAGAACAUACUUUUUGGAAAGGAAGGUGCUUCAAUGGAAGAAAUAACAAAUGCAGCUAAAGCUGCAAAUGCACAUGACUUCAUUGUCAAGUUACCAGAUGGAUAUGAAACUCAGGCUGGUCAAUUUGGAUUCCAACUGUCUGGUGGGCAAAAGCAGCGAAUAGCUAUAGCAAGAGCUCUGCUCAGGGAUCCCAAAAUCUUACUUCUAGAUGAAGCAACUAGUGCAUUGGAUGCACAGUCUGAAAGACUUGUUCAGGAGGCAAUUGAUCAAGCAUCGAAAGGGAGGACAACAGUUAUUAUAGCGCAUCGCCUGUCAACAAUCCGAACAGCAAACUUGAUUGUGGUUCUUCAAGCUGGGAAAGUAAUCGAAUCAGGCUCGCACAAUGAGCUAAUGAGAAAGAAUGGGGAGCAAGGAGGUGAAUACUUCAAGAUGGUCCAGUUGCAGCAAACGGCAGCACAAAAUGAAGCUCCUGAAGAUAGUCAAUCAUAUGAAAAACCUCGGCGUAGGAGAAGUGUUGCACCGAGCCCCAUUAGUGCCCGCUCCAGUGCUCAUAACACUCCAGCAAUAUACUCCUUCAGUGGUACUGGAAUGUCCAUCUCUAUGGGAACCCCCAUGUCCAUUGGGACACCCAGGUCCAACAUGGGCACACCUUAUUCGUUCUCUGUCCAAUACGAUCCUGAUGAUGGAAGUUAUGAUGAUGACUUAAAGAACUCAACUUAUCCUCCUCCUUCUCAAUGGCGCCUGCUGAAAAUGAAUGCACCAGAGUGGGGACAAGCAUUACUUGGAUGCUUGGGUGCAAUAGGUUCUGGAGCAGUACAACCUAUCAAUGCGUACUGUGUAGGCUCACUUAUAUCAAUCUACUUCCUCCAGGAUAAAUCAGAAAUCAAGUCCCAAUCGAGAGUCUUGUCCUUUGUUUUCAUAGGCAUUGGUGUUUUCAACUUCUUCACCAAUCUCAUCCAACACUAUAACUUUGCAAUCAUGGGAGAGAAGUUGACCACAAGGGUAAGAGAGCAACUGCUUGAAAAGCUUUUGACAUUCGAAAUUGGGUGGUUUGAUGAUGAUGAGAACACAAGUGCAGCUAUCUGUGCAAGGCUAGCCACUGAAGUAAACAUGGUUCGAUCUCUUGUUGGUGACAGAAUGUCAUUGCUGGUCCAAGCAGUUUUCGGGGCUACCUUUGCUUACACAGUAGGACUUGUGCUAACAUGGAGACUAUCCCUUGUGAUGAUAGCAGUGCAGCCCCUAGUCAUUGGGAGCUUUUAUGCAAGGAGUAUCUUGAUGAAGAGUAUGGGUGAGAAGGCGAGAAAGGCUCAAAAAGAAGGAAGCCAAUUGGCAAGUGAAGCUGUUAUUAACCACAGAACUAUAACAGCCUUUUCUUCACAGAAAAAGAUUAUGGGGCUGUUUGGUGCAACCUUGGCUGGUCCUAAGAAAGAGAGUAUCAAGCAAUCCUAUGUUUCUGGUGCUGGCUUGUUUAGCUCCCAAUUCUUUAACACGGCGGCUUCAGCUUUAGCCUACUGGUAUGGUGGGAGGCUACUUGUGCAAGGGUUGAUAACCUCCAAGGAACUUUUCCAGGCCUUCUUGAUAUUACUGUUUACUGCUUAUAUUAUUGCAGAAGCUGGGAGCAUGACUUCUGAUAUAUCUAAAGGGGCCAGUGCCAUUCAAGCAGUUUUUGCCAUUUUAGAUAGGAAAACUGAGAUUGAUCCUGAUAACAGAUGGGGACUGGAGAUUAAGAGGAGGAUAAAGGGGCGCGUCGAGUUCAAAACUGUUUUCUUUGCAUAUCCAACAAGACCUGAGCAGAUGAUUCUUAAGGGACUGAGCCUCAGAAUUGAUGCAGGCAAAACAGUGGCACUAGUUGGCCAGAGUGGUUCGGGCAAAUCCACCAUUAUUGGGCUGAUUGAGAGGUUCUAUGAUCCAAUGAAGGGAUCAGUAUUUGUAGAUGAGCAGGAUAUUAAGAACUACAACUUGAGAAUGCUGAGGGCACAUGUAGCCUUGGUUAGUCAGGAGCCAACUUUGUUUGCUGGAACUAUCCGUGAAAAUAUCGCCUAUGGUAAAGAGAAUUCGAAGGAAUCUGAGAUAAAGAGGGCUGCAGUUCUGGCAAAUGCUCAUGAAUUUAUAAGUGGAAUGAAUGAUGGUUAUAACACAUACUGUGGAGAGAGAGGAGUUCAGCUAUCAGGAGGCCAGAAACAAAGGAUAGCACUAGCCCGGGCAAUUCUGAAGAAUCCAUCAAUCCUCCUGCUGGAUGAGGCCACAAGUGCACUUGACAGCGUGUCAGAAAACGCAGUUCAAGAAGCACUUGAGAAGAUGAUGGUCAACAGAACAUGCAUAGUCAUUGCUCAUCGGCUAUCGACAAUUCAGAAGGCCAACUCCAUUGCUGUGAUCAAGAAUGGAAAGGUUGAAGAACAAGGUUCACAUAAUGAUCUGAUUUCAUUAGGGCGCAAUGGAGCAUACUACUCACUGAUAAAGCUACAAACUGGUAGCUCACCUCCAAGGUAG